AUGUGCGACCGCGGCUACAUCAUCGUUUUCUCAGCCCGUCAGUUUCACGCUUCUGAACAAGAACCCGAACUCCCGUCUCCAAAAGGGCAGAAGCCGCUGUCGAUCACCUCGCCAGCGCCGGACACUACUGCCCAGGAGCUCGACCGACAACGUCGGGUAUUCAAGCAGCGAGCGGCGCGACUUGACUCUGACAGCAUGCACUGCAAGGCUCUGCUCUGCAUCUUGGUCCUGCCCUGCGCCGUCCGAGGCGCUACUGUCUCUCGCACGUCCGCUCUCACGACGACGGCUCUCCAAGAGGCACAGUUCGUCCCGGCCGUCGACCCGUCACUCUGUAGCUUGACACCUACCAUACCACUUCCAAGCUUCGACUCGCAGCACUCACCCGCAACCCAGGCUGGCUUCAUAGCCCCGGACGCAUCGUGCCCUUUCUGCCUUCAUAGUACCCAAUACAGCACCUCGGCCGAGGCUCCAACCACUAACGAUCAUUUCGGCGGCGGCUUUGAUGGACAGUGUUUCGCGAGACAGUACGAAACAGAACCCAACAGGCGCUUCUCCAGCAUUUGGCUUCAGUCUUGGGGCUCUGAGUCACUGACAGCUGCCUGCAAUUCUGCGUACCUAGUUACUAACCCGAUGCUGGAUCUUGCCGAACUUCCAUCGGUCGACUCCAUCGGUCCAACGACCAGCCAUUCAUCUGUCCUCCCCCAUGCGGCCAUGCCCCAUGCCAAUCCCAUCUUCAGGGACUGGUGGAUCACAGUGGCUUCCGGAUACCCUGUCGAUACUUACCGUCCAAAGACUAUCCCCAGCCCAAAUGCGUACAACCACGCCACACUCUGCGAAUACGUACCCGUCGUCAAGGACCCCUUCGCAAUGCCAUCAGGCCUGCUCCAGCCAACUCCAGCCAAUGCCGGGUUCAUCCCGUUUCCAAAAUUAGCACCGAAUCCUCUUUUCUUUCCAUCAUGCAGGGACGCACAGCGCCCGUUUCCCCCUCCCCAAGUCAGAAUGCCGUCUUAUCUUGCCUCACCCGGACUUGUUUUGUGGUUGUCCAACGAUGUGAGAGUGGCAUUUGCGGAGAGGAUUCGCCUCCGACGCGUCGCUGGCAUCAUUCUUGUGGCUGCAACCGCACCUCACGUUACUCUACUGUAUCCGUCCUGA